GCUGUGCAUUGACAUUCCACUUCUUCAAUUAACAAAUUAACACGGCAGUACUGCAGACGAAUUGCAUUUCUUUCUACAAAAUAAAAUAAUAAUUUUUGCAAAUAUGAGUGGCAAAUUAACAACAAAAGCUGGUGAGAUUGUCGCCUAUAGCGAGGCAGCUAUACGUGGUAAUAUUUCUGCGGUGGAAUAUUGCCGUACUUCAAUGGCUGCACUGUCUGGUUGUGCUGCGGGUAUUUUGGGACUGAAUGGAUUACUUGGCUUUUUGUUUUACUUCUUAUCAGUAUUCGUGUUGUGGUUGCUGGUUUUGGCAAAGUCAGGCACACAGUGGCGUAAAUUUUUCAUCAAUCGCCAGAGUUUGCUGACCAACAAUUUCAUGGGUGGCUUGUGUACGUACGUGCUCUUUUGGACGUUUCUCUACGGCAUGGUGCAUGUUUAUUAAAAUAGGAUUUAUGGUGUAAAUGCAUAUAACUUUUAUAUUGAACUAAGGUACCAUUUAGGGCAUUUAAAAUUAAAGAAAUACAAACUAUGUGUGUGUAUAUCAAAA